AUGUUGCACCUUCUAAGCUUUCUACUACUCGUGACACUUGCUGUAUCCAAGCGGAUCAAUCUAUACGCUCGGCCAAUUGACGCUGAAUCUUCGUCCGAUCCCAUUGGUUUCAUCGAGGACGACUCGGUCUACUUGAUGGAUUUCGAUUUACAGCCACACCAAUCGUAUUGCAUCGGCACCAAAGAUCUCCACAACCACGAAUGUUUCAGCUUCCAACCGGAUUUGCGCUCAUUCAACAACUCGGUAUUCAACGUCUACCUCACUGAAGAUGGCGAUAUCCACAGACUAGCGCUUUCAUUCGAUGAAAAUGCCACAGCCCCCAAAAUCAAAAAACACAGGUCCAUCACUGCUCCCCAGCCUAACAUGAACCCCGAAUCGCUCAAGAAACAACGGGAAGAGCAGCAGAAGCAGUCUGCUGGCCAUCAAGGCGAACGCAGGCAGAAAGUCGUGCAGAGGAAAAUCGUCAAGAUUGUCAAUGAAAAGGGCGAAGAAGAAGAACAGGAAGUUGAAGAAGAGGUUGAAGUUGUCGUUGACGACAGAUCGUGGAUUCAGAAGAACUGGAUGUACAUCGUUCCGCCAUUGAUUAUAUUCUUGCUCUUGGGCGGAGGCGGCGACGCCAAAUAG